GCCGAAAUUGUGAAGUUUACUUUUGUAGUGGUUGACAGUGGUAGCUGCUAGCUUACAGGGCACCGCAGCUCCGGCGGGACAGCGAUGGCACUUAGGCGAUAUGUAUCUCAAAAAAACCAAACGGAAGGCUGGACUGAGCCGCUAGUGAUGGAUAUGCAGUAGUUCCAGUGUUAUAUGCUGCUUUCAGGAGUCUCUGGACACCGCGUAUCAAGCUGAGGACAUAAAGCGUAACUUAGCAGGCUUGUUCUUCACGGGGGAGGAAGUUUGUAGCGGCGAAGGGAACAUAAUAGGAAACCGGGGAGGGACAAACUAUCUCGACAUGGAGGACUUCGGGUCGGCCCUGGAGAAAAAUGUGGCUGACCUCACGGUGAUGGACGUGUAUGACAUCGCCGCAGUGGUGGGGCAGGAGUUUGAGCGGAUCAUAGACCAGUAUGGCUGCGAGGCUCUGUCUAGGCUCAUGCCCAAAGUGGUGCGGGUCCUGGAGAUCCUGGAGGUGAUGGUGAGCCGCAGCAGCAUCAGCCCGGAGACCGAAGAGCUGAGGCUGGAGCUGGACAAGCUGCGUCUGGAGCGCAUAGACCGGCUGGAGAAGGAGAAGAAGCACAGAAAGGAGUUGGAGCUGGUGGAGGAUGUGUGGAGGGGAGAAGCUCAGGAUUUGCUCUCCCAGAUUGCUCAGCUGCAGGAAGAGAACAAAACCCUUCUCACCAAUAUGUCCAUGAAAGACCCCAUGAGCGAGGAGGAGCUGCAGAGGCAUGAGGGUAUGUCAGAAAGGGAGAGGCAGGUGAUGAAGAAGCUCAAAGAAGUGGUGGACAAGCAGAGAGAUGAGAUUCGAGCCAAGGACCGUGAACUGACUCUAAAAAACGAGGACAUAGAAGCACUCCAGCAGCAACAGUCUCGACUUAUGAAAAUCAACCAUGACCUGCGCCAUAAAAUCUCUGUGGUAGAAGCUCAAGGGAAAGCUCUCAUUGAACAGAAGGUUGAGCUGGAGGCCAGUGCUCAGGCUCGGGGACAGGAAGUUGCUGCUCUUCGACAGGAAGCGGCACGCUUAAGGGAACGGCUUCAAGGAGAGCUGCCUGCUCAGAACCCGGACGAGCCCCCACCUCAGCCUCCUUCACCCGCAGAGUGUGGUAAAAUUGCUACAGUGUUGGUGGGGGCUGAGGGCUCCUCAGAGCUGACACCCGGGGGGGUUGAUGGUGUAUCGUGGCCUCUGUGUGGUUCCCUCAGCCCAGAGACACACGAGGAUGCUGAGGACGAUGCAGUGUUGCUUUGGGAGGCGAUGUGCGAUGAAGAUAUGCCUGCUGUGUUCCAAUAUUUCACUAAGGAGGCGCUGUGUGAGGAGGAGUCAGGGGGCCUGGAUCCAAAGGACCCCAACAGGCCCAGAUUCACCCUGCAGGAGCUGAGGGAUGUCCUGCAUGAGCGGAAUGAGCUAAAGGCCAAAGUGUUCCUGCUGCAGGAGGAGCUGGCCUACUAUAAAAGUGAUGAGGCAGACGAGGAGAUUGGAACUCCAUCUUCUUCUCCCUCCCCUGAACUGAGGACUCGCUCCCGCUCUUCUGCCCAGCCAGAAUCGGGAAUCAAACGCCUGUUUAGUUUCUUCUCACGUGACAAGCAGCGGAGCUCGCAGCGCAGUGCACAUUUCGAUGUCGGCUUCGGCUCGUGGGCAGGCAAAGACGACGUGUACACCGAACAAGCCCAGGAGGCGUUGCAGCACAUGUAGACACCGUAUGGGACUUAAAACUCUUAACACUCCCAUCAUUCAACUGCACACCAAACCAACACUAGCAACUCACACUGCAGCUGAAAUGCCAUGUACAUGAGGUGAGAAGAUGGCAAGAAACAAGAAGAAUCUAAUGUCCUUGGAAAAAAUACUGUGUAUACUUCAAAUUCUGCCAUUUAAAAAAAAAAAAAAUCCCUGAAAGUGUUUUACAGGAUUGACGUGCAGGCGAGAGGGUAAACUCAGGUUGACUGUGGAAAGUGGAAUUUUUUGGCAGGUGGUAAAUGAUAAGGAGCCGGAGGUCCGGAGUAAACAAGGGGGGAAAUGACUGCACACCUGAGUGUCACUAGUUUUUUUUAAUGAGAGCAACAUUUUAAUAUCCCAUUUAGUUAUUUCAAAUUUCUGUCAAGUAGGCAGCUAAUCAGUCCAUCACCAGCGUUUUGCAAGUUGAGUAUGCAGCUCUAUGAAAUCUAAUUGAGGCCUCUGUUUAAAUGUUGCAUGCAGUCACAAUUUAAAGCUGUGUGAAGGUGUGAAGAUAUUUUGUUCUCAUAUUUAAUGCAGCAGUUUCUGUGACUAAAAAGAAUGAAUGCAUAAACACUUGGGUAUGAGAAUUUAAAGUACUCGUGUAAAGUGAAAGUUAGAUUUUGGCCAUCAUAAUCCCAAUUUGUCUUUGCAUUUUUACCCAUUCAUCAUAGUUUUUACUAUCCUAUUACAGGAUGGUUUAAGCAUUUUAGCAUUUCAUGACAUCUCCUAUAAUGUUGGCUACAUGUUGUAUGUAGCCAAAUAAGCAACAUUGUGGCUUUAAUGUUGAAUUAGUGAGUCAUUAAUUCACAUAUUUGUACUUUUUAAGUCAAUGUUUGCAAUAUUCCAUCAUUUCAUGGUAAUAUAAAAGCUUUGACAUGGUGAAUUAGUUCAUUAUAAAACGUUUCCAGUUUUAUUUAAGUCAACUACUACUGAUGAAUUAUUUUACAUUUUUUACUCACUCAUCAUGGUUUAGUAUAAAUUUAACACCUGACUUAAUAAUUUCUUGCUUUUAUGAUCUGAAAACCGUAAAUGAAUGUAAUGCAUUUGACUAAACAAAUUACAAAUUAAAUUGUAAGAUUUAGCCCGUUUUAUUUAUUAGAUCUUUAUAAUACUAGUGAUCUUUUUAUAGAUUAAAAGUUGUAAAUCAUAGCUUGAGCUUUUUGUUCAUUGCUGCAAUUUUUUUAUUUUCUUUUAGUCAAUCUAAUUCUAAUUUAUUAACUUAAUAAUGAUGUAUUGUCUCAUAAUUUUGACAUAGUAAGCUCUUCACCCACUAUAGUUUUGACUUAGUAUCUCUUUAUUUUGUUCGAGAAAUUAGUAUAUAUUUAUGUUUGUGAUGCUUCUUUUUUCUUUUCAUGUGCCCCUUUUCUCUAACAAUUAACACAGAUUUCUCUUUUGUGAAACAGAGAAUAGCUGUGCCAUGGGAAUUCCCCUAAUAUUUUACAUACAAACUUACAUUUGUCAUAAAGUCUGAUUUCACGCUUUCAGUGACAAACGUGACGCUCCACACUGUGCUCAUGCAAACCUGCAGUUUUGUAACACCAGCCAAACCAUAGCAGGCAAUAAUAAAUUACAUCUAUAUGAUUCUGUUUAAUUUCUAUAAUCAAACAUAGACCCGAAGAGACAGUGUAAUAUUGUAUUUGAAUCACUUAUAACAAAAACAUACAGCAGCUUUCACUUCAAAUAAAAGCAAAAUAAAUUAAAAUGUAUUUUAAUUAAUACAUAUUGUGCCAUCAGUAAGAGCCUAAAUCUUACAUUACAUUUGCACUUUUUCCCUAGAUAAAAUAUUCAUAUUCAGCAUAAGCAACAAUAAUAACCCCGAAUAUCAUCACACAUGUGCAAAAUAGAAAUCAGUGCGUUUGUGUUUAUAUGCAUCAUUUAUACAAGGCCUCAAAUUUAAACACGAAUCAAGGCUCUGUUUAGAAACAGUGUAAGUCAUGAAGGAUGAAUUAUUUCUCAGAUUGUGCAUGGUUUAAAAUAAUAGUAAUUAAGCUGAAGAGUGUGUUUACAUUUAUUUUUAAAAAAGACUAUUUUGCGGAUGGUGCUUGUGCUUUAACAGCUGAUGCCUUCAUGGAAACGUUAACAGUAGUGGCACUUUAUCUUCAUUUAUACUCACCCAGGAAGGUGGAAUAAAUGAAUGGCAAAUGAAAAGAUUGAGAAAUGAGGCUAAAGACGUGUGUCAAAGCAGCUUUCCCCCUUUUAUGAAAUCACAGAUAUGUUAAAGAGAAACUAUAUUUUACAUGUUAUUUGGAAGUCAAAGGGAUCUGCUCAAUUUAUUCAUGAAGGAAUUAAACAGUGAAAUAUUUUAAGGGAAAUGAACUGCUACCCGAGUGCUCACUCCAAUCUUCAUUUUUUUCCUUUGAGUCUCCUAUGAAGCCCAUUAAAGUGGAGAUUUAAGAGAUAUAUUGAAUGGAUCAGUGCUUUAUGAAAUUCAAACAUGUCACAUCAGUAAUAAAAAUCUGUAAUAUUUGA